AUUCGUUCUGGAUUUCGCACUGUUUUUAUGACUGCUUCCUUUUCCCCUCACCCCUGUUAGGAAAAUGUCCCGUUCAUAUUAAAUCUUCUGCCUGAGCCUUCCUGUAUAAGAUUCUCAAGCAAAGAACCAGCCAUAGUUCAUCUAUAAAUCCUCUGUUUCCUCCAUUCGCCUCAGCGUGAAGCUUUGUAGGAGAGGCCUAGUCACUCUAUAGGCCUCUCUGAAGCCUCAGCCUGUAGUAGCAACUGUGGAGGAAAGACUGAAAGCAUGGCCCAGGCACUGACACAAGAGGAGGAGCAGGCCACUCAGCGGUUCCUGCACGAGAUGAAUGCCUGGACUUCCUUUCACUCUGUGCCCCCUCUCUCCUGGGACGUUGCUGUGAAGUUUCUAAUGGCAAGAAAAUUUGAUGUCGUCCGAGCAAUUGAACUUUUCCACUCGUACAGGGAGACACGUCAGAGAGAAGGGAUUGUAAGACUAAACCCACUGAAGGAGCCACUGCUGUCUGAGUUGCUAAGUGGAAAGUUUACUGUGCUGAGUGUACGGGCCCCUACUGGAGCCUCCAUUGCGAUCUUCACUGCUAAACUUCACCACCCAGCAAGAAAGAACAGUAGAGAGGUGCAGCACACCGUACUCCAGGCUCUCUUCUACCUGUUGGACCGUGCUGUGGAGAGUGUCGACACACAGAGAAAUGGCCUGGUGUUUAUCUAUGAUAUGGGGGGCAGUCAGUACAGCAACUUUGAGCUGGAAUUAAGCAAGAAGAUCUUGAGCCUGCUGAGGGGUGCAUUUCCUGCUCGGCUUAAGAAAGUCCUGAUUGUUUCUCCUCCAGUCUGGUUCAGAGUUCCAUAUUCUAUUAUCAGUCUACUACUUAAAGAGAAGUUAAGAGAGAGGGUGCACAUGGUGAGCAUGGGUGAACUUCUUGAGCACUUGCCUGCACAGUGUCUUCCUGAGUCUCUAGGUGGCUUACUUCCAUGGGAUCCUGGUUCAUGGAACUGCCUUCUCCUCCCUGCCCGUGCCGGAAAACCAGAUCCUCUGGAUGAGGUGGUACUGGUGCUGGCAGAUGGGCAAAACGGGAGUGUACAUAAACCAAUGGCAGGAAGCAUGACUUUGUCUGAGCUGAAGGAACAUACCAGCUCUUUAGGGAGACGUGGAAUUUAUGAUGAAUAUGAAGCUAUAAGAAAUGAGCAACCAGAGGGGACAUUCUCAGCUUCAAUGGCUGUCGUGAAUCGGGAUCGGAAUCGUUAUGGAGAUGUUCCUUGUCUAGACCAAACAAGAGUCAAAUUAAAACGUGUCAACUGGCAUGACCGCUCAGACUAUAUAAAUGCCAGUUUUAUGGAUGGAUACUUACAGAAGAACAUGUACAUUGGCACACAAGGACCUAUGGAAAAUACAUUUCAGGAUUUUUGGCAAAUGGUUUGGGAGCAGAAUGUGUUGGUUAUUGUUAUGACAACACGAGUUGAGGAGGGUGGUCAUCGAAAAUGUGGUCAGUAUUGGCCUUUGUCACCAGGAUCUAUAGCUUGCUUUGGUACUGUGACCCUCACAAACAAAGCAGCUGAGAACCACCAACAUUACAGAAAGACUACUCUGGACAUAAGCAUUCGCCAGGGUCGAGAGAAGAGGCAGAUCAGUCAUCUGCAGUUCCUAAGCUGGCCAGACUUUGGGGUUCCCAGUUCUGCUGCUGCUCUUAUCAAUUUCAGAGAUGCUGUAAAGAAGGAACAGAAAAAAUUGGUCAAUGAGUUAGGAAACCAAUGGAAAGGUUCUGCAGGUGGUCCCCCAAUUGUGGUACAUUGCAGUGCAGGAAUCGGAAGGACAGGUACUUUCUGUACGCUGGAUAUCUGCUUGUCCCAAAUAGAAGAUGUGGACACCUUGAACAUUCAGCAAACAGUCAGAAGAAUGCGGAAACAGAGAGCAUUGAGUAUACAGACUCCGGAGCAGUACUACUUCUGCCACAUGGCCAUCUUAGAACAUUUUGGCAGCUGACAUAAUUACCCUGCCCUACCCACUGGUGCCACUUCGUGUUAAAGAAUCAAGGACCAACAUUAGGGGCCAAAGGCCUUAAUUACCUAUGGGUGCUGCAAAGGCAGAUGGGGAAUCCCAGUUUAUGGCUCCUAUGUAAAGCAAUAAUAUUAUGCUAUUUGUUUUCAGGAAUCACACAGUAUAAUACUCCAGGCACUUUCACUUGUUACAGACAUACUAAAUAAGUAUCUAAAACCGAUUACAAAUAGCGCUGUUCCAUAAUCAUUACACUAUAAUCAAUGAAUACAUGGAUAUUAGUCAAAAUAUAAAAAAUAUAUGCAUGUGAACAUCUGAUCUAUCAUACACAAACAGAUACUGUACACAUAAAUUUACACACAACAAUGACCUACCCAUGUACCCAUGACCAUUAUCAUUCCAGUUAUCGUACUGCUUGCAUUACACACAAAUAUGAAGUAUACAGUACUAUUCAACUUAUACUUGAUGUGUAUACCACACAGUGGACUGCUCUCUUUUUACUUUAUUUCAGAGAUUUCCUAAUAUCCAUGGUCUUGGGUUAGAAGCUGAAAAUUUGACCACCAUUCCUUAUCUGAAGCACGACAAUAAUACUGUACCUCAAACACUUAACAAUCUUCUCAGCUAAAGUGCCAUCUCACGCUGUGUGAAUUGUCUUGGCUGGAAAUAUCACACAAUGUUUUUUACUUGUGUACCAUAAUCCAAUGGGACCAAUCACAUAGAAAAGAGUAUGAUAUGCGAAAUGAUAAGGUAUGGCAAAUAUAAAGUAGUAAUGGAGAUAUAGACAGGUUUGUUUUUUUAUUCAGGGUUAUGAAUGUGAUGAAAGUCCUUUCUAGCAAAAUGGCCUGCACUGUUCUGUUAGCAGUCUAGGAUGAACAGAAGCAUUAGCAGAUAUAUGUGUAUAUAAAUGUACAGACCUUUGUCUUGUUUCUGAUUUCUUUACUUGUGAAAUGUGACUUUUCUUAACUGGAAAUGGGUGGAGAUGGGAAAUAACAAUCAUUUAUUAUCAUUGCAACACCAAAAUGAAAUGCUAAAAUAUUGUAAACAAUAUGUUCACUACAAGAAAUAUUUGUUGUUUGUUAAAGAAUUCCACCUUGACAAUGUAAUAUGGUUAGUAUAUGAAAGGUUGUUUUGUACUUUAUAUAGAAUAUUUAAAAAUGAAUGGUUAGCAGUGAAAUCCCUGCCUGUUUAUAGUCAAAGAUACUUACUGUAUUUUAUGGAUAUCUUUUUAUUUGUAUUCCCCAUGAAAUAACAGUUCUGGAGCAUCUUUUCUUAACACUCAGCAUUUUGCAAUGAUGUAAUUAUUCCAGUUAAUGACAACUCUGUGUCACUAUUACCCUUGUCAAUAGGAUGCUUUUGUACACAGUCAGAUGCUGUAAACGUUGACUUGAUAGUAUUAAAGGAGUAUUCCAGGUUUAUACAUCUUAUCCCCUAUCCAAAGCAUGAUGAUGAUUGCAGGGGUUCCGCUAUGAUCUCGGGCCGGGCGCUGCCUCAGAGAUGGGGAAGUGACGUCAUGGCCACGCCCCUAGUGAUGUCACGCAACGCGCCUGCCAUUCAGGUCUAUGGGAGGGCGCGUGACAGCCGUCAUGUCCCCUCCCAAAGACAUGAAUGGAGGGAACGUGGUGUGACGUCACUAGGGGGUGGGGGCGCGGUGUCACAUCACUAGGGGUGUCGGCAUGAUAUCAUGUCCCCGUCUUGGAGGCAGCGCCCGGCACAGAAUGCCGGGGGGCUGCACUGAGAUCAUGGGGGUCCCCAGCGGCGGAUAGGGGAUAAGAUGUAUAAAAGGACAUUUUUUUUCUCACCGUAAAAUCUCUUUCUCGUAGAUUUCAUUGGGGAAACAGACACUGAUGGGACACAGGCACUGAUGGGUAUAUGCUCUUGCCACUAGGAGGCGCUGACUCUUGGGGAAAAAAAAGUCUGGAAGUGAGGUAAUCAGUUUUAUCACAAAGCAGUAGGAGAAGCCAACAAGAGAUAUGUCCGAAGGACCCUAGAAAGGAAUCCCAGGAUGGGACGUACCAAAGCAGUCCCUGGGGUGGGAAAUAACCGCCAGAGAAGGGGAAAGAGUCCGGAGACUGAACCCCAUACACCUGCAAGGCUUGCUGGCGAGACCCUCAGCCGAGAGAUAACCGGGGCCGGGAAACUGAGCAUCUGGAAGCUCCACCACCCAUGGAGAAGGGCAAGUAAGCCAAUAGGAAGAGACCGGAGAUCAAAAGUCUGCAGAGAAACAUAAAAAAAAAAAAAAGUGUCUCAGAGGCACGAUGGGCCAUAACCAUCCAGGAAGGAUAGAGGAAACCAAUUCCAAUGAAACUAAGGAACCAGACGGAGGACUAGCCCGACUGGUAAACACAGAGAAAAAGGGGGGCAACAAGAGAACCCCAUCAAGCCAAUUGAAGAGAAUUUGGCGAGAAAACGCCAGGGAGAUCAGCAUAUGCCAGGAAGAAGGCGAGCAUGGAAAAUGGAGACCAGAAACCUCUGGAAAAGAAAAGGAAGAGAGACUAAACCGUCCCGAGAGACAUGAUGCAUCUAACCGAUGACCCGGACUGACAAGCUUCAGGUUCCAGAUCACCAUCUCAGGGUUACCGCUAGAACCUGGGAGGAAGAGCGGACCCAGAGUGUGACAGAGCCAGAACAGCAGUAAAAAGCCCAGCGAGGGAACGACGUCCACGCAUAGGGUCAAGUUGAACCGACAGGCAAAACCUGGCUGACCUGACAGCCCUCUGUGCUGGGAGUACAUGGAUCCCGAAGGAGAAGGAAGUAAACCGGACGGACAAGUACCUGAACAUCCUGAGAAGAGCAUCCCAGAAUACCGGAGCGACCGGACGUGGGAAUUGGAGGCUCACAGUUCUCCUGGAAGCCACAAACCUAUGUGAGCAUUCCCAUCUUCAGUGGAAAGCCCCAGGAGACGUACUGCCAUGUCGGGAUAACACGUAAUGUGACUGAGAGAGACUGCCCCACAAAGGAGAUUGCGGAGAAGAACUGGACAGGAGUGUCACGCAUGCCCGAGACCACCACAUUACAAAGGCCCCAAGAAAGGUGAAAACCAUCCAAGAGAUCAAGGCACGUCACUGCUGCCUAGGAGGGGGUCCCAAUGCAUAAAAAAAAAACCCGCCCUCGCAAACACGAGUGAGGAAGGGAUGGACAAGGAUAACAAACCUUGGACCCAGCGGACCAAACAGAUGAGAAGACUCCAAAACAACAGCCCAGUCAGGGCAGGAAUAGAGAGGGAGACAGAGGGAGCUCAGCUGAGACUCCCAGGGUCAGGGCACAUGAAGGUCACCGCAGAAGACUGGUGUGUCAGUGCCGCACAACUGACACCGUUAAAUGGAAGGAUGGACACACCCAUCAAGGGAGUCCCCACCAGGAAAGAGGAGAGCAAAGGCAGAAACCAUACAACAGAUGGUGGCCAGACCGGCUAUGGCCGAAUCACACAAGACUUUUAAACUCCCCCAGCAGAGGAGAGUGUCCUGGCGGAGGUAACCAGAAAAUGGGCAAAGUGCUAGGCUGCAAUAGUAGGCAGUGAACACAGGAACAUAGACGGCAAAAUCCCCCUAAUUGAUCUUAGCCUAGCAGGGACCCAGGUAGAUACUCCACCCAUGAGGGUGGGGGGGAGAGAGAGAGAGAGAGCUCCAUACUGGCAGUUUCUCAUUGGAGGGAGAACCAAGAGGCAGUCAUGGGUAACUCCGACAUUGCCCGUGCCGAGCCCCCUAAUCUCUGCACACCCCAUGUAAGGGGGAUUAGCAAUGGUACACCAGGUACCAUAUGAGCAUGCUAAACACCUCCCCAUGGUAAUGGGAGAACAUACUGGGUGACGACAUAAAACCCAGGAACUCUGUGAAAACAUACAGCGGAAUGGAGAAGUCCUCUGUGUCCUGGAGGGAUCUGAACCCAGGACACGUGACAGGCAAAAAUGUUACUAUGAAUGCAAGUAAGGUGCAUAUGUAUCAGCAUAAAGCAGAAGCCGACAGCAUCCCCGGACCGGAUAAACGAUAUAGCAAAGGAAUGUCCAGCGCCAAGUGCGGUAAAAAGACAGAUAUUUUAUUGUAGGAUCAGCGGAUACAAACUUGCAUCAGGCAGGAGCCAACGCGUUUCAGACCAUGACAGGUCCUUAGUCAUGGCAUUUUAUAUAUACACACACACACACGCACAUUUUAUUUCCAUGACUACAAGGGCAAGGAGAAGAUCCGUGCUAAUGACAGCGUCAGCAGGUCUGCUCCUCCCCUAAACACUCCCACUUGCCCCGCUGCCGGAGGGUGUGUGUCGGGGCUGAGACCCUUGUAGCGCGCGCACACACAAGGGGACCAGCAGGAGGGAGGGAAUAGAAUGACAACCCCUUGAGACCUGGACCACCGCCAUUCUGGUUUGGGCUUUCUGGGAGGGGGGGGGGGGGUCAUACUUACCCGAAGACUACAGAUACUCACCCUGAAGUCUUCAACCAGCUUAUGGCCACGCUGCAUCAUACCAGGCUAAGAUAGCAGGGGCAGUGGGGGACGGUUGGCAGGAAGGGCUCCCAGACCUGUGUUUUGCCUCUUACUGACACUAGCUUACCUCACUUCCAGCGGGCGGGUAUUUUACUUUUUUUUUUUUUCCUAGUGUCAGCGCCUCCUAGGGGCAAGAGCAUAUACCCAUCAGUGGCUGUGUCCCCCAAUGAAGAGCGACAGAGAAACCGGAAUACCCCUUUAAAGUGUGUAGGGACAUGCCCCCUUUGAAAAGAGCCCUAGGUGAGUCUCUGCUAAAAAGGCCAAUAUUGCCCCAUGUAAUAGGCCUAGUGAUCAGCCAACAAAGGAGUAAAUGGCUGAUCGUAUUGUUUAUGCAGGCCUAAACAUCACUCAGCCAUACGUUGCCUUAUGUAACCAGUAGAUGUGUGGUCGACAAUGAAAGUGAAGGGCCACAUGAACCAUCUAGAAAUAAUUUGUGCUCCUGAAUGAGGAAUGCAACUGUUUACUAAAACAGACAUGGCAAAAGACAGGUGCUUUUUAGGAAGUACUGUAGCAUACAACUUACAAUUUGUGCAGCAGUACUGCCAGUUCCUCUGUGCUUCAGCCCUUGAACCAUCAGGUUCCUCAUGUUGGCUUGCAAAUGUCAUGAUGGCUUGCAAAUAAAAACUACUAUGAUGCCAGUUUGUGCAUGCUCACAGAUGUCUGCACAAAGCUGUUGUAAAUAUUAGCACAAUCUUGGCAUACAAACGUCACAACACACAAACCAACAACAAACACACCAAUUCUGCAGCCAAUAUGAGUGGAGAUAGCGCUGCUUAUGAUGUGCCAGCAUAGUCAGCCGAGUUAGAUUAAAAGGGAAUCUAUCAGCAGGGUGGAUCUAACCUGCUGGUAUGAUCGAAUAGAGCUUGUGACACUGACUGCACAGGUGCCUUUCUUUUUCGUCUCUGUUGCACCGUUUUGGAGAAAACUUUAUUAAUAACAAUAUAUUAAUUAGAUAUUAUUAUUGCUAUUAAUACGGUUUUCUUAACGUCACAACAAAGACAGAGAAGAAAGGAACCAGUGUGAUCAGUGUCACAGGUUGUAUUAGAGGAUACCAGGAGGUUACUCUAGGCGAUCCUGCUGAUAGAUUCCCUUUGAACCUAACCACACUCCAUUAUAUAGCUGGCCAUUGCCACUGUAAUUCUAUAAGACUUUUUUUUGCUGUAACGUGUUAUAGUGAAAUAGUCACAGCCGUCACGCCCCCUCACAUAGACUUACAUUGAGGGGGGCGAGGCGUGAUAUCAUGAGGGGGCAGGGCUAUGACAUCACGAUCUCCCAUCACCGGCACCAGCAUUCGGAACAGUUUGUUCCAAACGCUGAGCAGCGGACUACCCCUUUAAGACUUGCAUGUCCAAUAUGAUUUACUAAGAAGUAUUUUUGUAGAAUUGUGAACCUGUGAGGAUGCAGUUUUCAGUGGUCAUUGCUCAGUGUUUUAACAUUGACCAAGAAGGAUGCUCCUUGUUCCAAAAGUGCACGAUAUAAACAUACAUUGAUUUCACUAUUUUGUUUAAAUACACUAUGUAAAUAAUAAAAUAUUGUAUAUUUUCAUAUAUUAACCAUCUUUCAGUUGUAUUAUAUGGUGAAUCAUUCCAAAAGAAUAAGUUGGAUAUGUUUUAUCAAAUGCUUUUAUGGGAUUUUGUAUAAUUAUUAUAGUGUUACCUUUAAAUAAAAUUGUUAAAUGAAUGUUUAGCUGGAAUUCAUGGAAAUUCAUUCCUUAGUGCUAGUGCACACAACCUCCAUAUUUUACUAGUACCAGAAAUAACAAUAGAAUGGAUCUUCUCCAGUGUGUUACUUUUAUCAGUAUUAUGUGAUCUUGUACAAUUAAAAUGUAUAUUUUCAUGUUUGUAAUAUUUUUAAAUGGCCUUUCUGGUGGAUUGUUAGGUGUGUAGUAUUACUGAACAUUUAAUACUACAUACUGUAAGUUAUUAUACAAACAUUACCUGUAAAUUGUGAGGCUGAAAAUGUUCUUGAUUUUGGCUGCGCAAACAUCACAUUCUCUUACAAAUGACUAGUCUUUUAUUAUCUCUGCUUCCUUACAAAAAUUGUUGUAUUUCCCCCCCCCCAAGAAAAAAGUAGAUAUUUGAUGGUGUGCCUAUAUUGUCUUCAUUCAAGUUAUUUCCAGAUGUUCAAGAUGUAGUGCCUUUUUGAUCUGUCAUAAUAAAAUAUACCUUGCCAUU